UUCUCCUAGCUCCGAUGUUGUUUCGUUGCGUGGAUAUGUGACUAUUCCUCCCUUCUCUCUUUCUCGUCUAAUUUUUAUCUCAUCCUUGCAUCAUUGUGUUAUUAUUAUUAUUUUUUAUUGGUUACGAGAUGGUUUUUAUUUGGCGCGGGUGUGCGGAGGUUCCCGACAGUAGAAUUACGGUGUAGGGGAAUUUGAGAUGUUGGUCUUCUUCGUUAGGUGAGAGUGCGGUUUCCGAUCCAUGUGUUUGUGUGACGCAUUCGAAAUUGAUGCUCCGUAUUACAGAGGCGGAUCUGGGAUGCCUGUUGUUGUAGUUCGCGAGGGUAAAUUGUUUCUUCUUAUGUUUCUUUGAGCUCUGUUCUCGAGUUUUUUUAAAGCUGGUUGUGUUUCUGUUUGGGAGGGUUUGUAUUUGGUAAAUGUGGCUAUGUCUUGUGCAUUCUAAUUCUGUUUUUACUGAGCUGGCUGAGGGUAUGAAGGGAUUCUCUAUCUCUCUCAGCCUGCUUCUUAUCAUCUCUUUCUUGUUGGCCUGCGAUCAAAGUGCGUUCACUUUCACCUUCCGUCACAUUCAACGGAGACAUCAUAAACCUUUCUAGAAACGUUGUCCAUGCUGGUUUUGGUCUCGAGUCAUCUUACGUACGAUCUAUUUCUGCAGAGGAUCAACGCCAUCUGAAGUGCCACUUUUUAGCAGCAUUUUCUAGCUAUGACGUAACUAUGGCUUAUUCCUAGUUGCAAUCCCACUCUGGAUCUGUUUAAUACUGGCCCAAGGCACUCGUGUGAUGAUCGCAACCAUACAUUGCUGUUACUACGGCGAUUCCAUGAUUUCGAUUUAGGGUUCCAGUGACUCAUCAGCAUUUCCGAUCAUUAGCUUGGUUUUCUUGAGCUCAGUGCUUGUAUGAUGCUCUUGCGUUCAAUCCAUCUCAAUAUGGGUGGGUAGUAUUAUUCCGCACGUCCACAAGCAAUUCAGCAGUGUUCUAAGCUUUAUGUAGCAGUAUGUGACGUUUGGCCUCGAUUAAAUUCCCACUUUGCUACUACCAAGUCCUGGGAACUGGUGUGCAUCUUUUCGAGGCAACCUCUACAGUGGUCAACAACCUGAAGAUGGUGUCGACUAUCGAAACGGCCCACGAAGCCAUGAAGGAGCAGGAUGGAGAAUUCAAUGUAAUGACUGCUGGUGCCGACACAGACAAGCAGUCGACGGAUGAUGCGGUUCCCGUCUUUCCCGAGGAUCUGGUUUCUGAAACCAAUGUUAAGAUUGAUGGAGAAGCAGGCAACUCUGCCUCUGCUCCAGAGGCUGACAACGAAGUGCCCGACGUGAAGAAGGCGGAGGCGGUGGGUUCGACGGAUUGGAACAAUGCACCUGUGGCUGGGUGGGCCAGCGCAGAGGUUGACGCUCCUGCUGUGGAGUCUGGUGUUCUGGGUUCUGCUCCCGUGGAGAAUCCACCACUGCAGGUCUACAACUUCUACAUGGUAAGGGUCCCUCGACCCACGGACAAGCAAGGGAAGGUGGAGAUAUCGUCAGCUGAACAGCAGUUACAGGAUAAGACGGAUUUGCGCAACGCCCACAACAACACCGUGCAGGCUGCCAGAGUGAGGCGGAACGAAGCGUUUGAGAAGCUGAAGGCUGCUCGGCAGGUGGAACGGGACUGGCUAACUCAAGUUCGUGCGAAGCAGGAGGAGAUGAAGCCGCUGAGGGACAGCCUUCGUAAAUUGAAGGAGGCCGGGCGGGAGGUGCGAGAGAAGAGUCGAGACAUGCCGACGUCGGAAGAGGAGUUGGACCACCGAAUCGCAUCCCUGGAGUGGAGGAUUCAGCACGAGAGCAUCCCCUUGAAGGAAGAGAAGCAGCUGAUGAGGGAAAUCAAGGCGCUGCAGGCUUCGCGCGAGACAGUUCGUGCGAAUGCACCGCUAUUCGCUCAAGUGCACGAUGCUCUAGGGCAGCGGGACGAGCUGGAGGCUGCUCUGAAGCCCUUGGACGCGGAAUACAAGAAGCUGGACUUGGAGUUGAAUGCAGCUAAGAAGGUGCGGGAGCAGGCGGAAAAGGAGUACGAUCAAAUGAAUAGUGCCCUGAGCGCUGUGCAGGACAAGCUGCAGUCGGCAAAUGACAAGAGGCAGGAAGCUUACGUGCACAAGAAAUCUCUCAAGGAGCAGGAGUACCUGCGGAUGAAGGACUUUUAUGACAACAAGAGGGACAUCCAGGAAGCUAAGAUGCUGGCGAAUAAGCCAAAUAACAGGAAGGAAGUAGAGGAGUACUGCAACGCACAGUUGGAGCGGAUGCUAGAGUUGUGGAACACCGACGAGGAGUGGCGGAAGAACUACGUGAAGGACAACGAGUGGAGCACGGUUCGGCGGUUCGGGACGUUUGAUGGGCGGGGUCUGGCGCCAGACGAAGCGCGUCCGAUUUUGCCUGGGAACGGGUUCGUUCCUUUCGCUGCGGGGCCUGCCUCAUCGCAGCAGAACGGAGGUCGGAGCGUGGGCAACCAGCGAGAGGCAGUGCCGGCGAAAGCGGAAGAGGUGGUAGCAAAAGGUGGCAAGGAGAAGAUUUCUAGUGACCCAACCAUAGCGGUGGAGAAGAGUGUAUCGAAACAAGAUCGGGAGGCGGUGAAGGAGCCAGAGGCCAGUACACCAGUCUUGAUGGAGCCAGUGAAGUCGAAAGAAGAGCUGGAGCGUGAGGCCCUAGAGCUGAAGGAGCAGAGAAGGGCAGUGGAGAUGGCGAAAGCGAAGGAGGCAGAGGAACGGAAGAAACGUCUGGCGGAGAAGGCACAGGCUAAGGCUUUGGCCCGGGCACAGAAGGAGGCAGAGAAGAAGGAAAAAGAGAAGGAGAAGAAAGCGCUUAAGAAGGCUGCAGCAGUGACUCCUCUAGAGUCCGAGAGCGCGGCAGAAAAAGCACCUACCGCCGAGAGCAAUGGCAACGGGAGUUCGGCAGAGGUUGAGGAGCAGGUUGCGAAGGAGGUGAAGGUUAGCUCGAGCCAACGCAAACGCGGGAUGACGAACGCGAGCAAGGCGGCAGCAAAGAUAGCAAGGGCGAAGGCGCCGAUGCCUUCGGUGCGUGCGAAACAACAGAAGGUUUUGGGGAUGCCAGUCCAAUGGGCGGUGGGGGCUGCUGUUGGAGCAGUUUUACUGGCUGUGUUGGUGUAUUUUUUGUUGUCCAGGAGUAGUGCGUCAGGAUCAGGCGGUUUCGAGGAUGGAGCAAGGUCCAACGCGAGGCCAGGGGCGUCGUCUGAGAGCUUUUAGGUCGGUAGGUCUCGGUGAGGACGGAUAGGUACUGGGCGUCCUUGAGGGUGCUUGGUGAUGCAGUCAAGGGUAGGUUUGAAACAGACCUGCUCUGUUUUAUUUUUUUUCUUGCUGCUCACUCCGCGGAGAGUUAUUGUUAAUGUACGUAGUUUGGUUCAGUUAAAUGAAUGGUUAAGUAGACUUGCGAUUUGGAUGUUUUCGCUGCUUGGGUUGUCGAUUUCGAUGGAGGGCUUUGUUUACGUCUGUGAUGCCCGUUUUCAGUUACAGAACAUCCAUUUUGUAUUG